CGAGUGGCACCACAGACCCCUCCGUCCCCAGCUCCUAUAAAUCCAGCGGCGUCUCAGCUCACCUCGACGAGGACGGACAACAGUGCAACGAAGAAGUACUUUGCUUUCGGAUCAAGCACUCAAGAACAGAGAUCGGAGGAUCGAUCGAUGGCUACGUUCGCGACGUCGACGGCGGCGGUGAUGGGAUUGGCUCGCCCGGGGCGGGUGGCCGGGCCUCGGCGGCGCGUUGUGGUGCGGGCGUCCUCGACGAUGGCGGCGCCGGCCGCGGUGGCCGCGGGGAGGACGCACUACGAGGUGCUCGGGGUAGGCGCCGGGGCCAGCAGGGGCGAGAUCAAGGCCGCGUACCGGCGUCUGGCCAGGGAGGUGCACCCGGACGCUGCUGGCCGCGGCGGCAACGAGGGGUUCAUCCGGCUGCACGCGGCCUACGCCACGCUGGCCGACCCCGACGAGCGCGCUCGCUACGACAGGGACGUGGCCUGCCGCGCCGCGGGGAUGAUGAUGCGGCGGGCGGCUGCGACGUCCGGGCCGGCGUUCCGGCGGAGGACGUGGGAGACUGACCAGUGCUGGUAGAACGUACAGCAACGCAAACACGGCUGCCCUCCGGGCUCCCAACCGGCGGCCGCCCGGUUCGCUCAGGCACGGCGCUGGAGAGAAGGUCUUCCCGACUGUCUUGCAACGUACGAACAGGAUUGGACGGCCCAGAUCGGGUGAUGCAGACGCGGGAGCUCUGUACAUAGCAAGAGGCGUUUUUAAAGAUCUCUUGUGCGUCUGGUCAGCAAAAUGCAAAUAUGUAAACUAAUUACUGUGAAUCAACGGCCAAGGAAUAUAUACUGUGUAGCUCUUUUUCUGAA